GAGGAAAAACGUCAAACAGGGACGCGAUCGUCGCCAAUGGGAUUCCCGGUAGAAGCGAGGAGAGGACAAAGAGUCGUCGUAGCGAGCACGGCCAGAACCCUGCUCUCACAUUCGUUAAGACCGUUAAGGAGAGACCAGUCUUCCCGAGGCGAGUCUUCGGGUCUGCUUGGGACACCGUCAUCGAAGAAGGACGACAGACCCGGUUCGUGCUCGCUCCUCUGUACUAAAGCUCGUAUUUCUAUGAGUCAAAGCUCGCGAAUACUCUUAGAGAAACCCGCGGAAAUUGCUUUGGCAAUAGAAAUGCGCGACAGUGCAGACAUGACUUCGAGACGAACGCAGAAAAAACACUCUUGCUUAUUUUCUAACAAAACUGUUCCUUAUUGAGAAAAUGCAGAGAAGUGUAAUAAGAAAAUAGGAAUAAUUGGCUCGCA